AUGCCGACCGCCACCGGACAGCCGGCCCAACCGAAGCAGACCUCGCGAAAGGGCAAGAAAGCAUGGCGCAAACAUGUCGACACUACGGAGAUAGAAGAAGGUCUCGAGAAUCUACGAGAGGAUAUUCGGCAGGGCGGCCCAGUGUCAGAGAAGCCCUCAGAUGAGCUUUUCGUGUUCGAUACGGCUGGGUCCGACGACAUCAGGAAGAAGCACAAAUUGUCGAAAACGCUGAAAGUUGACGAGAUCCUGGCCCAGCGAUCGGCAGUGGCUCCAGUAGAUGGCCGCAAGCGUUCUUCUAGAGUAACAGAUGGCCUCGUUGAGCCUUCUUCGAAACGUCAGAAGAAGGACUGGGUCAGCCGGAAAGACCUACAGCGCUUGAAGCAAGGGCUCGACGCGCAGUCUCUUAUUCCAGAACACCUUGGCGAGGCCGAUAGUACUGGCUUUGAUCUGUGGUCAGAGACGCCGAGUGCGGUCGCGACUGUAUACAAGGACGAGUACAUCCCAGAUAUUCGACCCAAGGUGGCACCUGCCACAAUACAACAACCGGCAGUACCCUUGACGGCCUCUGGCAAACCCGUCCGGCCCGUCGCACAGCCUGAAGCAGAAGCCAGCUACAAUCCGCUGUUCGAUGCCUGGGCUGAUCGCUACAAGACAGAGGGUGAACGGGAGGUCGAAGUGGAACGUCAACGUCUCGAAAGGGCGAGGCAAGAAGAGGAGAGACAAGCACGGAUCGAGGCCAGCGCGGCUGAGGCUGACCGAGAGAAUGAGACCGACUAUGAGAGCGCAUGGGAAGGCUUCGAGACGGAAGACGAGACCACACUCAAGCGCAAGCGACCCGAGCGUAAGACGCCCCAGCAGAGGAACAAGAUCAAGCGCCGCAAAGCUAUCGAGCAGCAGGCCAAGCAUGAAGCGGCUUCAAGCAAGAAGCAGAAGCAGGCUGAAGCUGCCGUCAUGGCCAUGAUUGAGGCUCAAGACGACCGCGAAGUAGCAGCAGUGGAGUCUGACGAAAGUGAGAAUGGGCGGUACGAUAAUGGCAGCAAGCUGCGGAGGAGGAAGAGGGGCACGAUGAACAUUCCAGAGCAGAACCUAGAGUUUGUUCUUCCGGAUGAGCUACAGGAAUCGCUUCGGCGGCUCAAACCUGAGGGCAAUCUGACGAGAGAUAGGUUCAGGAAUCUGCUGAUCAACGGCAAGCUGGACAGUCGGGCGCUGGCGAAACAGCAGAAGAAGAAGCAGAUCAAGUACACCGAGAAGUGGUCGUACAAGAACUUCGACAAGAACUUCGAAAUUCCGGUAUAA